UGAUUUAUUUAAAUAUUGGAGAAAUAACUCGUCUAAACUGGCGCUGCCGAUUCUAGCUAGCGAGUUAGCUAAUUUAACUUGACAGGUCCCUUCGUAAACACAGCUAGCUAGCUGUCUCGCUAGCAUCGCAAGCUAGUUUUAUCCACUUAAACUACCUAUAUCUACCUUUAGGUCUAUCCUCCUUGUCAUAAGCCGGUGGAGUUUCACUAACCCCAGUCAUCAUAUGAGGGCAAUAUAACCGCCUUUAUAUUUACGUUCAUCAAUAACUGUCUGGUUCGUAUGUCUUCUGAACUGGUGACUCCGACGAGACAGUGUGACACCGUGCUAAACAGAGGUUCGCAAAUGCUGUCUGUGUUCAGAAGUGUUCCUGGACACCAGCUGGCCUGCCUCCUAAGAAGAUGAUUUUGUGAGAAGUUCUUUCCAAAGGGGAACCAGCAGUAUAGUGACUUUUAAGUUUCUUAAUGGAAAUGGAUACUUACCAGUCAGAUGCAGCUCAGAUGGAGGCCAAUGCUUAUCAAGAAGCCCAUGUUAUAAAAUCCAAAGAGGCUGUAGUCCAUACUGUGGAAGGAGAAACACAAUUGAAACAACAAGGGCUGGAGAACACACAAAACACAAAAGGGGGUAUUCAUAAUGGUCCUGUCAGUUCAGAUGUGAUGCCAAAUGGAGAUGGACUGGCAGAGGGCUUCGGUGCUGCAGGGGACACCCAUAUAAAUGGGUCCCUGCCUCCGACAGCCCCUCCCCAGAGCACCAGUUCCCCUGUCAACUCCCAGACCCAAGAGCCCUCCCCAGGUGUGGCUGCUUAUCCACCCAUGAUGCUAGAGAAGUCUGAGGGGGCUAGUGCUGUGGUCACGGUUCACAAGGGUGACUCAUUACAGUCACUCAGACUCAGUAUGCCUAUGCAGGAGACUGAAUUGUGUAAGCAUAAACCCAACCAGAAGCCAUCAUUUGAGAUGGAGAAUGAGGAGAAGAUUCGCCUGGAGGCUCGCCGGCGUCUGGAGGAGCAACUCAAGCAGUACAGAGUACAGAGACAUAAGGUGAGGUCUCACCGCACCACACCCAAGAACAGGCCAUUCAGCACCCUGGAUCCAGAGCUCAUGCUGCAUCCUGAGGCUCUGCCCAGGGCCAACACUCUUGCCAUGACCAAGGAGUAUUCCUUCCUGAGGACCAGUGUCCCCCGUGGUCCCAAACUAGGUAGCUUGGGAAUUCCCCCUUCCAAGGAGAGAAAGUCCAGAUCACCCCGCCCAAACAAAAUCCACUCCUUGGCUGACUACAAGUCUCCUGAGAAUGAUGGUGGGGGAGGAGGUGGGAUAAGAGCAGCAGACAACACCAUGAGCUCCCUGCAGUCCACCAUUAGCUCAGUGUCCACUUUGUCUGAAGUCAGUGUGAUGUCGGAGGGCAGCACCUGUGAGUCAGAGGCACUGCCUAGUGCUUCGCUACAAGUCGGGGACAAUGUCUCAGAAAUUGAUGGCAGUGAAUCAGGAACAAGGCCAGGGAACGACGGCAACGACAGCGACAGCUCGUCUUACAGCAGUGUGUCUACCAGGGGGACAUACGGUAUGCUCUCCGCAGCAGUGGAGAGGCAGGAGGGGCCCUACACAGUGGAGGGGAGGGAGAUUGCCCCAGAGGCCAUGGGUCAGUUCCCCUCCCUGCAGGAGGUGCUGCAGGCAGCCAGUGAAGAGCAGCACCUGCUGGAGUUGGAGCAGGAGAGAGAAGGGACAGCGGAGCCUCGCAGCCGCAGGGACAGUUUCUCCAGCAGUGUUUCUUUGGAGAGUUCAGUGAUGGGCCAAGAUGAAAUGUUGCAGGUGUUGAAAGAGAAAAUGAGACUUGAGGGUCAACUGGAAUCUUUGUCAUCUGAGGCCAAUCAGGCUCUCAAGGAGAAGACAGAGCUUCAGGCCCAGCUCGCUACGGUGAACGCUCAGCUGCAGGCCAAGAAGGAAGAGGCUCAGUUCAGCCAGGAGAAGCAGAGCGCCCUCAACACGGAGGUUGGCACACUGCGUCAGAACUGCAGCCAGCUAGAGAAGGCCAUGGUGGAGCUCCAGGGCAGUCUGGAGAGCAAGAAUGCUGGUCUGGCUUCUCUAAGCAAUGACUUGAAGGUGGCUGAAGACCAAUACAACAGGCUCAUGGGGAAGGUGGAGGAGAUGCAAAACACUGUAGCCUUGAGAGACAAUACAGUUCAGGAGUUGCGUCAGCAGAUGGGUGGUCUUCAGAGCCAGCUUCACCAGGUCCAACUGGAACGCAGCACCCUGCAGAGCCGAAUGAAGACCUCCCAGGCUGAAAUUGACUCACUCCAGCAGGUCAGACAGUGGUACCAGCAGCAGCUAGCAAUGGCCCAGGAGGCAAGAGUAAGACUGCAAAGCGAAAUGGCCAACAUGCAGGCUGGACAGAUGACUCAGAUUGGUGUUGUGGAACAUCUGAAGCUGGAGAAUGUGACUCUGUCCCACCAACUCACUGAGACCCAACAUCGCUCCAUCAAAGAGAAAGAGCGUAUUGCUGUUCAGCUGCAGAGCAUUGAGACCGACAUGCUGACCCAGGAAGCUGCCUACAAGCAGAUCCAGGAUGCAAAGACCAUGGUAGAAGAUGAUCUGCAGCACAAACUGGAGGAGUUUGAGGAUGAGCGAGAACGCUUAAUGAAACUGGCCAACACAGCCAGCACCCUGGAAAGGGAACUAGAGCAGAUGAAGUUGACCCUUUCUCAGAAGGAUGUGCAGCUGCAGUCACUCCAGAAAGAGCAUCUGGAGCUGAUGCACCAGCUGACCACCACUCAGGAGAACCUGCACACCAAAGAGCAGUCCAUCAACCAGCUAGAGGCCCGCUACCUGGAGCUGGAGGCCCAGCUGGCCGAGCUGCAGACAGAGAGCAGCGCCAAGGACGACAACAUCCAGUACCUCCAGAAUGAGAAGAUUGUCCUGGAGGUAGCGCUACAGGCAGCCCGGGCCGACAAGAGCCAACUUGAUGAGAGUGCUGAACGGCUUGGAGAGGAUGUUCUGGUAGCUUCAGAUGUCUUGGAUCAGCUGAGACAGGAAGUCCAGGUCAAAGCCAAUCAGAUUCAAACUCUUCAGCAGGAAAAUAGUUCCCUGAAGAAACAAGCUCAGAAACUGAAGGAGCAGUUCCAACAACAAAAGGUGAUGGUUGAAGCCUACCGUCGGGACGCUGGCUCCAAAGACCAGUUGAUCAGUGAGCUCAAGUCCACCAAAAAGCGUCUGUUGGCCGAGGUGGAGGACCUGAAGCAGGAGCUGCUGGGCGUUCAGGGGGAGAAGCAGAAGGCAGAGCUGGAGCAGGCCCGGCUGCAGAAGGAGGUGGUGAGAGUCCAGGAGCAGAUGAGCAACAUGGAGGCCCAUCUGCAAGCCAUUCAGACAGAAAGGGAUCAGCUAGAAACCCAGGUCCAGUCUCUACAGUUUGACCAGAGCCAGCUAGCAGCAGUGACUGAAGAGAACGAAGGGCUGAGAAAACAGGUGGAGCAAAUGGAGGGAGAAGCCAAAAAGGCAAUCACAGAGCAGAAGGUGCGCGUGAAGCGGCUGGGGACAGAUUUGACCAGUGCUCAGAAGGAGAUGAAGGCCAAACACAAGGCCUAUGAGAACGCUGUGGGCAUCCUAAGCAGGAGGCUCCAAGAGACACUGACUGACAAAGAGACAGCUGAGGCAGAGUUGGUCAAACUCAAGGCCCAGGUGUCGGAUGGAGGAAACAGCCAGGCCUUACAGGAGAAGAUUAAGGCUUUGCAGGCUGAGCUGCAGGCUGUCACCAACAGCAAGACUAUGCUAGAGAAGGAGCUGCAUGAAGUGAUCACCCUCACCUCCACAGAGCUGGAGGAGUACCAGGAGAAGGUCAUGGAGCUUGAGGAUGAGCUUCAAGAGUCACGAUGCUUCAAGAAGCGGAUUCGAAAGUUAGAAGAUGCCAACAAGAAGCUAGCACUUGAGCUGGAACAUGAAAAGGGGAAAUUGGCUGGAUUGGCACAGUCCCACAAUACACUGCGGGAGCAUUCCAACAUAUUGGAAUCUGCCUUAGCUAAGAGAGAGGCAGAUCUUGUCCAGCUCAACUUACAGGUUCAAGCAGUUCUGAAGCGUAAAGAGGAGGAGGACCAGCAAAUGAAGCAGGUGGUACAAACUCUACAGCUUGCCUUGGAAAAAGAGAAAACCAAAGUGAACGACCUGAAAGAACAGGUGGCAGCAGCAAAGGCUGAAGCAGCCCACAAUAGACGACACUACAGGGCAGCCAUGCUGGAGCUGUCAGAGAUCAAGAAGGACCUGCAGUCCAAAGAGGACCUGGUCAAAGCUCUGCAGAGUGAAUCCAACAAACUACAGGCUCAGGAUGAGCAGCAUGCUCAGGAGGUUUCCAGGUUCCAAGAGGAGCUGGCUGAGGCCCAUUCACAGCUCCAGAUCCUCCAGAAACAACUGGACGAGGAACUGUCCAAGCAGCCCCUCACUAACCAAGAGGUUGAGGACCUGAAGUGGGAGGUGGAGCAGAGGCAGAUGGAGAUUGAGGCUCAGAAACAGCAGCUGGAGAUGAUGGAGCAGUGUCACCACAGGGAGCUGGACAACCUACAGAGAGCUCUGCAGAACAUCAAGGUGGAGCUGGAGUCGGUGCAGGAGGAGAUGAGCGGCACCAGGAAGGACAAGUUUAUGCUGCAGGCCAAAGUGGGUGAGCUGAGGAACAGCAUGAAGACGGUCUUGCUGCAGAACCAGCAACUCAAACAGGACCUCAAACAGAGCCGUCUAAGGAAACAGCGCAUGGAGCUGAAGAGUGAGGGGAACCCAUCCAACCCAGUGACGCCAGUUAAGAUCCCAGACUGCCCAGUGCCUGCCUCCCUAUUGGAUGAGUUGCUGAAACCAUCAACUUCUGUCAACAAGGAGCCCCUCAACAACCUGCACAACUGUCUACGGCAGCUCAAGGAGGAGAUGGACAGCCUCCAAAGGCAGAUGGAGGAACACACAGUAACAGUACAUGAGUCAAUGAGCUCAUGGACAAACACAGAGGAGGAACUGGCUCAACUGGGGCUUCAAAACAACAUCUCCAAAUCAUCAACGUCGCUAAACAACAUGGUGGUCGAAAAUAACAAUGAAGCAGAACAGCAGCAAUCAUAACAGAAGAACUUUUCUCAGGCCAACAGAGGGAGAGUGGAGUUUUAUCCACAAAGGCACUUUUUAGCCCCUUAUUCCCUUUCUCUUUUCUUAACAAUUGCUGCCAACAUUUGGCAUUCUCCCUUCAGCACAGAAGUGCUUUCGCAGAGUAAUACCGAUAUUACAUGGUAUUAAUGUAUACCAUAGCUUUAUUCUUUCCUCUUUAUUUGACAGUUGUUUAUAUUUUUGUUAUGCUAUUGUCACAUUUAUUUAUUUAGAGUUAAGGAAUUACAACUUAUCUGACAGCCUCUCUAAGAGGAUCCCCUAUCUUCAGUUUUGAUAUCAUAGUUACAAAUAUGGUCUAGUUGUUUAACUGAUCUGUUGGGCCAUUUUCCCCUACUGAGUCAGCACUAAAAGGUAUUUAGUCAUUGUCCUCCUCGUUAUAUGAAAUCAGUGGCUUUGAUGCUGCUUAAUGAUGGUUGACAUUAUUUCAAAAAGUGUUUUUGGUGACAGAAACAAACCACAGGUCUGCACAGUCUGGCUAUGAACUGUUCAUCCAUUUCUUUGUGCCUGUGUACGAGUGAAGUUGCUCAUCUAUGAUUUAAAUGACGUGGUUACACAUCCACAUGGUUUCUAAGCUCCUCCUUCCUUUUCAUGAAGUUAAAAGUCAUGCACAGUUCUGGUCAGUUUUUUUUCUAUCGCCUCUUGUUAAAAUGCAGUGUUUCUUACAUUUGUUAUAACCAUAUCACCUUGGGUUCUUAACCUCUAAAAACGUUAACGUCAGUUAUGUAUGGACGUGUUCUGUCUAACAUGGACUGCAGUAAUUCAUACGCAAAAAAGCCUUAAGCAAUCUUUAAUAUGCUGUAAAGGACUAAGUUGAUUUAAAUGAGCGUAGUUCUGCUUAGGGUGUACGCAAGAUGUAAUGUGUUAUAUUGUACAUGCAAAUCCUUACUGAAGAAUGGUUUAUUGUAAAAUAAGGGGGUCAUAUCAACUGACAUUGCACACUAGAUGAUCAAAGCUUAACUGACUAAGAAAGAAAGUUGUAGGGUGAAGCAGAAAUAUUACUAUUUCUAGCAGCAGGUGCAAUCAGAUAUGUUCAUUUUCUGUUACAUUUGGUACAUACUGUAUUUAUAAGAAAUGAUUACCCCUGAAUUGGAUGUUAUACUUGUUUUAGGGCUGUUUCAUGGGUAAGGGGAUAAGUUAAUUGUUUCCAGAGGUUAAUAUAUAAAUACACUUCCUUUUUUGUAUGGUUGUAAAGUCAUCAUAAUUGUUUAAUAGUGCAAUGAAGAUGAAAUGCAAACUGUAAAUCAAAGCUGCACUAAAAUUUCAGUGUAGAGGGGUCAUUGGAUGGUAAAUUAGCUUUCUGCAAGCAAUUUUGCUGUAGCUGCUGGGUUGGUGCUCAUUCACACACUAUAAAACUGUUUUUGAACCAUUGUAUGCUUAUGAGUUUCCAAAGGGACAAUACAUAUUUUCAGAAUGCUUACUGAGGCAAAUAACAACAAAUAUAUUGAUAUACUCUGUUCUGGAAAAAAAAUUGAACUGUAUCUUCCAAACUACCUUUCACUGUAACGUUAGGUAAUAUGUAUUAACAUUUGCUAGGGCACCUGCGCUGUCUGCAUAAACAUUGCUGUAUCUGCUUUUGUUUCUUCAAAGAUUGGAAUUGAGUCAUUCCUGUUUUAACAUUUAUGUUGGGAGAUGUGAUUGUAUUUAUCAUAAAACUGCACUAUUCAUCGGUCA